CCUACACGGUCCAUAUUGACUGUUACACUACCGGUGAAGAAGUAACCGCGGAAUUGAAUUGCGCUUUGCAUUUGCCGAGCCAAGUUUGACCGUCUGUACACAAUUUCCUUUGCAUUGUCUUAGCAUGGUCUUCUUGUCAAUGUUGUAGAAUAAUUUUGGACAAUCACGAUGAAUCUUGACAGACUUCGAAAGCGUGUUCGACACUACAUAGAUCAGCAACAGUAUCAAAGUGCCCUGUUUUGGGCCGACAAGAUAGCAUCUCUUUCACAUGAGGAUCCUCAAGACAUUUACUGGUUAGCACAGUGCCUUUAUCUUACCAAUCAAUAUCAUCGAGCCUCACAUGCCCUCAGAUCACGGAAACUUGAUAAGUUGUAUGGAGCUUGUCAAUACCUCGCUGCUAGAUGCCAUUAUGCUGCCAAAGAGUACCAACAGGCCCUGGACAUUCUGGAUAUGGAAGAACCAGCCAGUAAAAAAUUACUUGAUAAGCCUAUAAAGGAGGACAAUGGAAUAAAGGAUAACGCAAAGGAAUGGGAGAUGUCCCCAGCAUCUAUCAGCAGCUCCAUCUGUCUCCUGCGGGGUAAGAUCUAUGAUGCCAUGGACAACCGGCCGCUGGCCACGUCCAGCUACAAAGAGGCCUUGAAACUUGACGUCUACUGCUUUGAAGCCUUUGACCUUUUAACGUCCCAUCACAUGCUGACCGCCCAAGAAGAGAAAGAAUUUUUGGAUUCCCUUCCUCUAAGUCAACAGUGCACGGAGGAAGAGGAGGAACUGCUCCGGUUCUUGUUUGAGAAUAAACUGAAAAAGUACAACAAACCCAGCGAAAUGGUUAUUCCUGAUUUGGCCAACGGGCUCCAGGACAACUUGGAUGUGGUCGUCUCUCUAGCAGAACGGCACUACUACAACUGUGACUUCAAAAUGUGCUACAAGCUCACUUCCAUGGUGAUGGUGAAAGACCCGUUCCAUGCCAACUGUUUACCUGUGCACAUAGGAACUUUAGUAGAACUCAGCAAAGCAAAUGAGCUGUUUUAUCUCUCACACAAGUUGGUGGACUUGUAUCCCAAUAAUCCGGUGUCCUGGUUUGCUGUUGGUUGUUACUAUCUAAUGGUUGGCCAUAAAAAUGAACAUGCUCGUAGAUAUCUAAGUAAAGCCACAACGUUGGAAAGGACGUACGGGCCGGCAUGGAUCGCGUACGGACACUCAUUUGCUGUGGAGAGUGAGCAUGACCAGGCCAUGGCAGCCUACUUCACUGCUGCACAGCUGAUGAAGGGGUGCCACCUCCCCAUGCUCUACAUCGGGCUGGAGUACGGCCUCACCAACAACUCCAAGCUGGCCGAGCGCUUCUUCAGCCAGGCCCUCAGCAUAGCACCGGAGGAUCCGUUUGUCAUCCACGAGGUGGCUGUGGUGGCCUUCCAGAACGGAGAUUUUAAGACUGCAGAGAAAUUGUUUCUGGAUGCUAUGGAUAAGAUCAAAGCAAUUGGGAAUGAGGUAACAGUGGAUAAAUGGGAACCUUUACUGAACAACUUGGGUCAUGUCUGUCGAAAACUAAAGAAGUAUGACCAGGCGCUAGAGUACCAUCGGCAGGCUUUGGUGCUCAUCCCCCAGAAUGCAUCUACCUACUCAGCCAUUGGUUAUGUGCACAGUCUCAUGGGAGAUUUUGAAAGUGCCAUUGACUAUUUUCACACAGCACUUGGUCUGAAGAGAGAUGACACAUUUUCAGUCACCAUGUUGGGCCACUGCAUAGAGAUGUACAUUGGAGAUACAGACGCAUAUAUAGGGACGGACAUCAAGGACAAGGUGCGGACCACGCUCAGCACGCCGGCGCUGAUGAAGAUGCUGAACACGUCGGCGGACGCCAGCGACAGCCGCAUGCAGCCGCUGGAGGAGAGCGGCAUCAUGGCCCUGGAGACACCGCCGCCGCCCAGCGCCGACAAGUCGGGAGACGCCACGUUCCUGCGCUCGCUGCCGCUCGAGUGCGACCUGUACGAGAGCGACAUGAUGUUAGAGACGUCCAUGUCGGACACGAGCACGUGACCGAGCGGGCGGACGGGCCGAGCUCGGAGGACUGAUGGACGCUCUCUUUGCGGAGGGCUGUUUGGCGGAUGAGGAGAGGGACAUGGUUAAGGCGAAAAAAGAAAGCACGUCCUAGUGAAAUAAGUGACUUGACUGAAAAGGAAGAAAGUAAUGCUGCGAAUUACUCUGAGCAACCAACCAUCCUUAUUUACCCUUCCCCUGGCCUUCACACACACACACACACACACACACACAUACACACACAUACACACACACCUCUCCCUCUUUAACUCUUGGCCCCUAACAGGCACUUGUGUGUUGCUCACCUGUGGAUUUUUACAUUGAAUAAAUGUGAGGCUGAAUGCAAGAGGGGUUUGAUGAAAAGUAUUCAUACAAUAAACCCUGCAUCCAUAUUUUUA